AUAUCUCUCCGGCUCGGCAGCGAUAUAUUCAUUCAGCAUAGCUCAUAUGCAGAACACCGGACUAUCUGGUUAGGUCUCACCCCUCCCCCCCCUACUAUCCUCCGCGUCCGCGAGAAACAUCUGCGACAGGUUUCGACGUGAAGCUUCACAACCAUCACAUCGCCUGCCGCUGACCGCGCGUCGGACUUCAACGAAUCUUAUGCCUUCAAAGACCACGCCCUCCGUCUCCUCCUCCAACCACCCAGCUCUGGGCACCAUCAUUGACGAAGGCACAUUGGAACUCGUCGAGGUCCUUGGAGUUGGAGGCUAUGGCGUCGUCUACCGUGCAGAAGACACCUUUGCCUCUUCCCCAAAAUCUUACGCCGUGAAAUGUCUCAUGCACUCAAACCUUCAUUCAUCCCGCCAACGACAACUUCACAUCCGAGAAAUUACCCUUCACCAGAUAGCCAGCGCUCAUCCUAACGUCGUUUCUCUGCAUCGUGUUGUUGAAGACCACAAAUACACCUACAUCAUUAUGGACUACGCCCCCGACCACGACCUAUUCUCCCAAAUCCUCAAUAACUGCCGCUACUUGGGCCGCGACCACCUCAUAAAACAUGUUUUCCUCCAGCUGCUCGACGCUGUAGAGUACUGCCAUUCUCUUGGCAUUUACCACCGCGAUCUGAAGCCCGAGAACGUGCUGUGUUUCGACGAUGGCCUACGGAUAGCCAUCACCGACUUUGGUCUCGCUACGACGGACAAGGUUAGCACAGAGUUUCGGACAGGGAGCGUGUACCACAUGAGUCCUGAAUGUCAGGGCGGCGAAUUUGCCCUUUCUGGGAACUACUCGCCCAUGGCCAAUGACAUCUGGUCGCUGGGUAUCAUUUUGUUGAACUUGGCUACGGGCCGGAAUCCGUGGAAGUCUGCGACAGCGUCAGACCCGACUUUCCAGGCGUACCUCCACGACCCCCAAGGGUUCUUGCCAACGGUGCUUCCCAUCUCGCAGGAGAUCAACAAUGUCUUGGUCCGGAUGCUCGAUAUUGAUUGGCGGGAGCGCUUGACGCUGGCAGAGUUGCGCCAGGUCAUUGAGGAUAUAUCCUCGUUCUAUUCAGACGGAGCUAUCUUUGAGGGCAGUAUGGCCCGUUGCCCUUGGGAAGCCGAUAUGGAUAUCGACACGGAUUCGUCGAAGGAGCUGCCACCGGUCAAUUCUCACCAUGCAGAACUGAAGUCUCACUGGAGCUCGGAUACCGACUCAGAUAUCGUCUUUGCCAGCCCGUCCACGACAGCCGAAUCCAAUUACGGUCAGUCUUGGACACAAGAUGCUGAGUGUCAGGCUAUGUGGGAGAUGGACAGUGUCGACAUGAGAUCUUUGUUUGUCAGACCACGUACCCCAGCAUCGUCACGCUCCCUCUUAUCCCCGUGCAACUCCGGUUCUGCAUGUUCCUUUCCCAAAACACCGAAUAGCAUCGACCACAGUUUCGGGGGCAGAGCCCAGAUUCAUGAUAUACGGUCACGCCAGAGAAUCCCACUCACUAUCGACACCAACUUCUGUCGCCCACAACAUUAUUCUAACUCCAGUCCAAGCAUGAAGUCGUUCACGACCGCAUCGUCCGUCAUGCAAACUGCGGUCGAGUAUGAUCCUUACGAUUCAUCAUUCUUUCUCGCCAGCGCUGUGUCGCCUUCUAAAUUAUCCGAGAUGCCAGAAUCUGUGAUUUUGGACUCUUUUUCAUAUGACGAUAAAGCCAUGUCUUCCCCAUCGGUCUAUUCUGGGACGGAUAUUUCCCUUAAUUCGAGGUACUCCUCAACAAGGAGUUUCUUCGAGAUCGCUACAGAGGGACGUACAGACAGUCUUUCGCCAAGCAUUCACACACACCCCCUCCAGGAUUCCCCCUCGUCGAGUGAUUCUACCGAUCAAGACGUGACUCCUCCUCUCUCCCUCCCCCCGAAGAAUAUCAAGCUUCUCCGUGAGAAGACCAAAACGAGAUUUCUUGACCUUUUUCCACGGUCUCGCUCUCCAUCGCGUUCCCCUUCUCCACUACCACCCGCCGUCCCCCUUGCACCCCAACAUACCCACGAUUCCAAUUCCAAAACCGCUCCUCUUCCUGAACCCUUUACGACAUUCACGUUUGGGCAACUCACCCCUUCGCCCCUCAUGGAGAACUGGCCUGGUUUAGCUCUUCCUAAAACUCCCGCAGUUCCCGAGCGCCACGCUUGCACACGCUCUUCUUACCUUCGUUCACCGCGUUAUUGGUUUUUACCCGGUAAAUUAUUCACUUCGUCUGGAGCUUCUUGACAUUGGUUCAUUCCUUUGUUGUAUCACUUGAGUAGCAUCAACCGUCUCUCGUCAAUGUACCUAGAAAGUAACUUCCCUUCCUUGUAGCUAUGUAUAUAAAACACGCGGAAUUCUAGUGUAUUGUAAAUCACAUUCGCCGAUGGCCAAAUCGAUGCUCUCUAUACACGUUAUUAUCGACUAGUGGUUUCCAUCAUGGCCAGAAUCCCGUAAAGGACUUGCAUAUCGCUACAGAGACAGCUGCCACCAAGGUUGUCGCUCAAAUGAAC